UUCAGUUUAGUCUCACACAGACUCACCCUCUCUCACUCACUCUCACACCCCGACAGAGACGGGAGAGAGACUGGAGCUCUCUGCAUUUAAUCAUCUGAUGCUAACAGUGUGAUGUUGACUCCUCUUUCGUGCAGGAACAGAGGCAUGGCUUCAGCGACGCUGCAGGUCUUUGCACUGAUCUUGUCGUUUGUACAUGUUGGAAAGUCAGAAGAAAGUCUGUUUAAUCUGAAAUGCCAGUCUGCAGUUGGAGUCAUCGGUGAGACCACUCGCAUCCCCUGCAGUUUCGAGUCCAAAACUGAGGUUGUCACUAACACAGUGGUUUUAACCAGGAUUGGAGAGAAAAAUAGCUGUUUCACGUUUGAACCAUUUAAAAACAGAGUGACAGGAGACUCUCGAUUUAAAGUUGAAAAUGAGCCAUCGUUACUGCUUCAUAACACCAGCAUCUCAGAUGAAGGUGAAUAUCAGUAUUACAUCAGGACCAACCUGCACAGCAAUAAAGUAAUCUUCACAAUUAAUGUCACAGCCAAAUACAGCGACCCGGUCAUAACCUCCAUGCCGAAAGAGAUAGUGAACGAUGGACCUACUGAGCUGUCCUGUAACGCUACCGGUGGAUAUCCAGCAGGAACCAUCCACUGGUUUGAUCAAAGCAACACAAACUGGACAAAAAGCGCCACACUGCAAAGCAUGCAAGGAAGCAACGGUCUCUUCACUCUGUCCAGCAAAUUGAGCUUUAAGAGGUUCGAUGCAAUCUGGGCGCCUUUCAGGUGCGUCGUCCUCAACAGCAAAUAUAAAGAAGAAGGAGGGAGCAUGUCAACUGGACAGAUAAAGGACCCGGAGUCUCCCUCAGCCGUCAGCGGCACAGUGAAGAACAGCAUUGCUGGUGUGAUAGUUAUCGGGUCUCUCAUUGUCGGACUCCUGAUUGCUCUCUUGUUCAAGCGAAGACGCAGUCGGCAGAUAAGAAGGCCAUCGGCUUUCCCCAUUCUGGGCCCCAUUCCCACACAACCCGCUUUUGAUGAAGAGGAACAAGACCUGAGUGAACCUGUUUAUAAGAAACCAGUCGAUUCUGAAGAGAUGAUCACAGUGUAAUGUCAGAUUCUUAAUCACACUAAACAUCUAACCAUAUGAUGGUGACUUCCAAUUCAGGAAAGCAGAGCAUAAUCAUCACGACAGUUUCACUUUCUACAAAAGUAGUUUAUUAGUCACAGUUCCAAACUCUAAUGUUCCAUCCUGAUCCUGAGCACUAAGUGUUUCUGUUGAUUUUUUAUUAUUUUUCUCGACGUGUUCACUGUUGUUUUUAUUGAGUGCUGUCUAAAAUGCACUUCAGCUAACAUGUCGAAACAGGAGACACCUGAGAACUACGCUUCUCUGCUGAGUUUGCGAAUGUGAAUACAAUUUAAAAAUUCUUGAAGACGUUUCACCUCUCAUCCGAAAGGCUUCUUCAGUUCUGUCUGACUAGUGUGGAGUUCCAGAUGUUUUUCCUCUACUGGAGCAAAAGCAACCCUAAGGAGAGUCGUUGAGGUCACAUGGGUUGUUGACCCUCUCAGGCUACGUCCACACGACAACGGCAACGAGAUUUUUUUUUUUAAAUAUCGCGUCCACAUGGGCAACGGAUCAGUAAAAUAUCAGGUACAUAUGGCAACGCAACGCUUGCUGAAAACGAUGCAAUACACAUGCCACACCUCUACGUGCGCUGUAAGACGGUCCCAUCGGAGACACCAGAACAAUAGAAGUAGACGCAUGCGCAUAACUGCGCAUGCGCACAGUGACUAUCCCUGUCACUGUCACACGCACACACUUUCUCACUCCCUAUAACCAACAAAGUUAAAGAAAAUAAUAUCCUUUAAGUUGCUACAUAGAUUUUAUCCAACAAAUUUUUAUUUACAGAAAUUCAAAAAAGAUAUUAAUAUAAAUUGUUCUUUUUGUGGGGCUGAAAGAGAAACUAUCACUCAUUUAUUUUGGCUUUGCCCUUAUUCAAAACUUUUGUGGAGUAAGCUUGCUCGUGUCAUCAUAGACUCCAUUCAUUCAGACUUUGCAUUAAAGUGGGAAAAUGUCUUGUUUGGUUUUCAUGAAAAGGAGUAUGUGGGCUCUCAAUAUUAUUUGAUUAAUCUUUUGUUAUUUUUAUGCAAAUACUACAUUCAUAAAUUUAAAUUUCAAAACAAAAAACCUAACUUAAUUGAAUUUGGUAUAGAUGUGAAACAUUAUAGAUCUGCAAUUUCUACCAGCACUAAUGAAAAGGCUGUUAGAACGGAAACUAUUUUUGUAUUGUAUGUCUUUUUAUGAUUACUCUUUUAUCUGUAUAGGCUUUUUUUUAAUAUAUCCCCUGGCGUAAUUAUAACAAUACUGUUUUAUUUUCUUGUACCCUUUGUAUAAUGUGUGUUUGAUUCAAUUUAAAAAAAAAACAACCUCUCACUCCCUAUCCUAUGGUCCCUUUAAAUCACGUGCUCGUUUUUUGAAUGGAGACGCGGAAAGAGGGAUGAACGGGGGUAGAUGGAAGCCGCCAACAUUCUGAUAUCCUCCAGAAUUCUUUAAUGAUCCGGAAUAAAUUGAAUGCUACACGUUGAUGGAUUACUUUGUGAAGAGGUGAGAUCGCUCCUUUUUUUUUUCCCUAUUUUUGCUGGCGGGAUUGACUCUGCCCUAAGGGCUAUUCUCUCUCUCUCUCUCUCUCUCUCUCUUUCUCUCUCUCUCACUUUGCACCAUUACACAAUAAAUAUUCACAGUGAAAAUAUUUUGUAAGCGCGUUUCAUGAACCAAGUUAUAGGAUUUGUUGACAACUCGCAUCGAGUUCGUUACACUUCUACCCGGCGUGAAGCACAUGUGGUUGUGACGUCAUCGUAAACAAAUCCGUUCUACUCAUCCAGACGACUUCGCAAUGGCGCCGUUGCCAGAUUUUUCCACUCUGGAACCCGUUCUCAAAAGAUUUCGUUUUGGGGCACCCAAAACGCCGGUGCCGUGUGGACGCCAGGCCGAAACAAUAAACAAUUUUAUCAGACGCCAGGCCGAAACGAUAAACAAUUUUAUCAGAUUCACCUGAAUCCGUUGCUGUGUGGACAGGGCCUCAGUCACCCUGUAGGUGUUGGGGUCACUGGGGUCCGGGUGUGAACGGUGUUAGCAGCCUAGAGGGUCAUUAGGGUGAUCCGUGGGUUGUUGUCUCUCUCUCUGCCAUCAUGCGAGUCAUUGAAGUCAGCUGAGUCUUGGUCUGGAUGUGUAUUCAGUUUUCUGGGACGUGUGCCAAGGACUGCAUUGUAGGUGGCUGAUAAGUUUUGUCUCAGACCACCUCCUCUGUUCAGUGAUGGUCAUUCCAGGUUGAUGAAGACGGCUUCUUUUACUCCUCUUUCAAACCACUCGUCUUCUCUGGCUAGAAUGCCUACAUUGCAGUCCUGAAACGAGUGUCCUUUGUUAUUGAGAUGAAGACAGACUGCAGAGUCCUGGCCUGAGGAACUGGCUCUCCUGUGUUGACGGUAGACCUCGAUGCUAAGGUUUCUGUCUUGUUUGAUGUGCACGCUGCAGUCCAAAAUACCUGGAACUCCCCACUAGUCAGACAGAGCUUAAAGGUCCCAUGGCAUGAAAUUUUCACUUUCUGAGGUUUUUUAAUGUUAAAAUGAGUUCCUCUGACCUUCUUAAGUCACCCCAGUGGCUAGAAAUGUCAUAAUGUGUAAACCAAACUAUGCCCAGCCUUUGUCAACAUUUGAGAAUGGCGCGUCAAAAUGGCGCGUUGAUAGGCUCUUCCCUUUACUACAUCAGCAAGGGAGAUGAUCCCCACGCCCCCCCUCUGGAUUCCCACCCACUGUAUGGAUUGCCCGCCCAGCUCAAAAGUUGCCACCAUAGAUACGUCACUUCAAUUUUGUAGUGAGGAGACCAUAGAGGACACAACAACAUGGCACCACCUAAGCGAGCGAAACAUGGAAAUUGCGCUGUACAUGGAUGUGACAACACAGAAAGGAGUCUGUUUUUACUGCCGACGGGAGAGCCCCUGAAGACGCAGUGGCUUAAUUUUAUUUACUCCAAUAAUACGCCGUCGAGUCUACCUAAGACGGUGUAUGUUUGUUGGAAGCAUUUUCCUGAGGAAUGUUUCCACAACUUGGGACAGUACAGGGCAGGUUUUGCACAUCAACUGUCACUGAAGCCUGGGUCCGUACCAAGCAUCCCUGCCGCAUCAGCCACAAACACCGAACAAGUAAGUGUAGAACUGUUAAGUCGUUUUGCCAUGUUUUAAAAUCGGUGCGUUAGCCUUGCAAUGGCUACAUGGGCUGUGCAGCUAACCGCUUCCUGCAGUUAGCCAGGUACUCUGCGCUACAAAACCAAAAAGCAUGCAGCAUGCUCUGUUAAACUGAGUUUAGUCUGGAAAUUGACUGUAACUUAUGAGCUUAUGUUUGACUAUUGCUCCGCAAUGCAUGUCUUCUGUUGGAUAAGCGAUAUGUUGCUGUAGUUGCUGCUUCUAUCCUCUUUGGUUAUGGAGUGCGUGUUCAAGCCUAGGGUAUUAUACGUUCAUAAACUACCACUCCGAACACUCUCACUCUCUGUUCUCUGUGUCACGUUGAGUUUACGAAAGGAGUCCGAGGGAGAACAGGGUUUUGUCUUAGCAGCGUGGCUACAGGCGCUGAUAGCAGCGAGUAUGUGUGUGCACGCAAACACUAUACUACUAUACUAUACUACUAGUGUUGUACACGCAUUUUCCCACUCCCUUAUUUAGACUUGUGAAGUCGGACUCCAGGUCAAAAGUGAAAGCUUGGACUGUUGCUUGACCUGCCAUUGCUACUGUUCACACACAGGUAGCAUGCCCGCAGCUUGGUCAAGCCCCUCCCCCUCCCCCCAUGGCCCGCCCCCACCCUCUACCCUUCCCCGCCUCCAUGCUUCUCAUUAGCAAAACGACGCACUGGGAAAAGGGCUGAAAUGGGGCUUUCUCCCAGGAGGCUAUAUCUACGUGCCGAGGGUUCAUUUCGAGAAAGGCUGCGGAUAUAACAUCCGGAAACCUCCACGAGCCCGUUUAAAGCAUCAACAAACCACCAUGCCAUGGGUCCUUUAAGAAACCUUUCAGAUGAGAAGUGAAACGUCUUCAAGAAUUUCAAGCAAGUCCAGUUGUCUUCUUUAGCACCUACGGUUCACGAGAACCUGGAUGACUAAGAACCUUCACAGAUAAAUUUAAAAAUACAGUCGCAACAUGACACACGGCUGCAAUAUGAGUGAUAACAAGAACUAACUUGUUCUGACAAACUUCACAACAUUAAAUUUAACUAUUAACAGAUAAAAUGUACAACACAUCAUUCUUUAAAAUAGAAUAGAAUAGGAUUGAAUAGAAUGCCGUUAUUGUCACUGCACAAAUGUACAACGAAAUUUAAUUCAUCAUAGGAGAGCUAAUGAUUUAGUUCAUAAAUAUAAUUAUUUAAUAAAUAAUUAUAAAAUACUCCACCAUUUGAUUAUUUUCCUUUUCACUGUGCCAAAACCCCAAGAAUCCAGAGAGAUCUUUUUAAAUUAUAACAAUAAUCUGGAUCAUAUCUGGAGAUUAUUUUGACAAUGCCGAGAUCAGAGAGACCCAACAUGGAUUUCGUCCUGUCUGGGUCAUAGUUUGAAUUAUCCGAGCAAAACCAUCUGUGGAUUCUGGGGUAUUUUGUGCAGUGGCACAUCCCGGCAUGUUUGUUUGUUUGUUUGUUUAAUUAAUUAAUUACAUUGUGAUAAAGACUAGAAAAACACUUUAAACAUGAUGGUUUUGCAGACUCUCUCUACUCAGUGUAAUCAUUAUACAAGAUUUAGGGUGAGACAGACUUCCAUUACUUGUUAGCUACUAUAUAUAUAUAUAUAUAUAUAUAUAUAUAUAUAUAUAUAUAUAUAUAUAUAUAUAUAUAUAUAUAUACAUAUAUAAUCACUGCCUAAAAGCGGAGCUCCUGAUGAGUUUAUCAGUAAAAUAUUUACAAGGGCACAAAAUCAACUUGAAUAAAAUAAUAUUAUAGUAUAUGAACCAUCAAAUUGUGUCGAAUAAAUCAUUUUAUUUUUUCGCGGUCCGGUUUCCAUCAAAUCCUGUGCUCUGAUUGGCUGGCGAGCAGGUCCGUAUCCUACGAUACGGACCCCAGUUACGGACCCCAGAUACGGACCUCUGGCGACUCGCUCAUUCACAACAACAAACAUAGUAGCAAUUUUUGUCAACAUUUAUCUUUUUUUAAAAUAAGAUUUAUUUAUAAGAUUAUCAAAAAUCUUGUAAAUUUUUGCCAGCAUUUCUCUGGAGAAUAGCAUUAAUUUUACAGCAUGGAUAGCGAUAACGACAGUGUUCACAGCGAAAGCGAGUUUUACUCCCCUGAGGAAGAAGAAAUAAAAUAAAACAUUUCAGGAGAAAGCUAAAACCUCUAACUGUUGCUAAUGCCGAGCAAAAACAUGGCUGAAUCCUGAAUGACUCAAUUUUGUAUAAAUAGGGGAUGACAUAGGCGGCAAAAUGUAGUUUUUUUUCCUGCCAUGGAAGUGCACUUGUAUACUGAGGAGGAAGCCAUUUGCAUUACAGCUGUGAAUGAGGAUUCAAAAUGGCGGCUCGGCUCAGUUUUCCCUUUUGGGCGCUCUCGUUUUCUGUUAGAAUUUGGUAAAGAAAAAAAUAAAUAUAUUAUUUACCAGCUUAAGGUCGGUCCGUAUGGUGAAAUACCGUGACCUCGGCCCAGAGGGCCUCGCUCAGUACUUUCAAGACCUCGGUCACGGUAUUCACGGUAUUUCACGAUACGGACCUCCCAGCUGGUAAAUAACAUAUAUGCAUUGUCUUGUGACAGUGAGACCAAUAAUGAGAGAUGCAUCACAGUUGCUAUACAUAUUUAUUCCUUUCUUUGACGCUACAUGCCAUGAGCCAGAAACAACACCCCCACAUUUAUUAUGGUGUGACUCUGCUGGGCGCCUGGUGGACUGCAGUGAACCAGCACUUUCACUUUACACCACUACAGUAGCGUUAUGAUGGAAUAUCAUCGCACAUAAGAACUAAUUGAUAUCAAUAUCGAUCUGCAGCAGGUUUAGAAUAUCUACAACUAAGGAAAGAUGAUCAGAAUCACUGUUGAACUCGACAAUAAUUAUGUUUACAUGAAUGUGUAGAGUCAGAAAUCAUUCAGGUAAAAAAAAUCAAACAAUGUGAAGACACGGUGCCUUGUGAAUAAAGAUACACGUCAUUGUCCUGUGGUUAAGUGUUUAUGAGAUACGUUGCCUUGCACUUAGGGUUGGGUUCCCUGUGGUGGGACAUGGACAUCAUUUGUAUGGUUGCAAAAGCCAUCAAAAAUCAGGUUGAUGCUUUACCAUAUUCUCUUAAGUAUGGAGCUCCGCUGUUAGCUGUGCAGAACUAAAUCAUCAGAGAAUCAACAAGUCUUAGGGUUAAUUUAGAUGAACAGAUUUAUUUUCCACCGUGUUCUUUAAAAUCGUCUGUCCCCGACUCCCAGGCUCAGGAUCAGUGAAGUGGGACACAAUACUUUAUUUAUUUUUAUAUUUGCCUGUCAAGGUUUAUCUUAGCCCUAAUCACACUCACUCACACACACCAACUCAGUAUUCAGUCAGCCUUCAUAACCAUAAAAUGCUCCACAAGUGAAGGCCAAAGUUUAAUCCCAAACCCAAAACUCAGUGAAAGAUUAGAUAGAACUUUAUUGAUCUAAUCUAAUCUAAUCUUUCAUUGAGUUUUGGAUUAAACUUUGGCCUUCACUUGUGGAGCAUUUCAUGGUUAUGAAGGCUGACUGAAUAGUGAGUUGGUGUGUGUGUGAGUGAGUAUGAUUAGGGCUAAGAUAAACCGAAGGCCAAAGUUUAAUCCCAAACCCAAAACUCAGUGAAAGACAAAGACAUCGAGAAAAUACAGAACCAACAGGAACAGUGAAUCAGAACGUGACAACUUUCAUGAGAGUUGUAACGUUAAUAAAGUGCUUCAGGCAGGUCAGUCAUGUAGUUCCGCUACCUGACCUCGAACUCCAGUGACUGAGCCCCCUGCUGGACAUGUAGGGUAUUACAGUGAGCUGAGGGAACGUUCUGCAGUGAUGAGGCCUCCACAGGGCACUUCCUACUUCCUCUGGCAGCUACAUGUGGUGCUUUUCUAGAAGAAGAAACCUUUAUUCAUCACAUGCACACUUCAGCCGGAGGAAACCCACGCAGACACAGUGAGAACAUGCAAACUCCACCCAGAAAGGCCCUCGCCGGCUGCUGGGUUUGAACCUGGAACCUUCUUGCUGUGAGGCGACCAUGCUAAUCACUUUUCCAAAGUGAAGUAAUGACAAAAAUCCUUCACUGAAUGAAGAGCGUUUUGAGCCGUACACGAUAAAAUCUGUAACUUUAAGGGAUGAUCACUUCAAAAUGGACCUCAGACUCGGUUUGAACUGAAUGUGUUUUGUUACAUGUGCAAAAUAUUAAAACAUCACCAUGAGGGAAAACAUCUGUGUUUCAACAGGAACCUUUGGGAAUAUUCCAGAUAAACUUAUUUCUCACUUAAUUAAAGUAACUUAACUCCUGCAGUAAAAACAUCAGAGAAAUACAAUUCCUUCAUUAAAACCGCUCCAGAAAUGGGCUCAGAGACCAUUUUAAUGCUGAAAAACCUUCUUUGUAAAUAAAUACACUGGUUUGAAAAAAUAUACGCAGCAUACUCUUGUCUGAGUGACUUUCAAAUCUUAUUGCACUUUAAUAAAAUUUAGAGCUCGUUCUGUAGCAAAAAGUAACGCCACUAAACAUCUGCUCGAUGUUUUACUCUUUUUACAGACUGUUUGUGUGAGUGUUGGUUUUGUGUUGUGCGUUGAUUGUUAACGAAAUAUAUAAAUAAAGAUGUGAGAAAGAGAA